CCGUUCCAUUAAGAGCAUCUCCAAUGUAAUUCUCCAUUUUUUUCUUCAAAAUGGAGUAAAUAUAAAAAUGAAGUAAAAAUGCUCCAACCCUACUCUAUUUUUCACUCCAUAAUGGAGUGAUGAACAAACAAAAAAUAGUUUAUUCCAUAAAUGAAGUAAACUCUAUUAUGAAGUGAGAUUUAGAGUUGGGUUGGAGCAAUCCUUACUCUAUUUUCACUUUUACUCUAUUUUAGAGGAAAAAAUUAAGUGGGGUUGGAAAUGCCCUAAGAUAGACUUUUUAGAACAAAGGGAUUAAUAUUUUGGCAAUGUAUAGUUAAUGUUGAAAAGUUGUAUACUUUUAAGAAACAUUAAUUGAAAAUAUUUGAAUUGGUUGAAUAUUAUUGGUUGAUAUUUAUUGAAAAAUGUAUAGUAAAAUAAAUAAUAAAUUCAAUUGUAAGAAAUUAAUUGUAAAAAUUAAUUAUAAGAAAUUAAUUGUUUCCUUAAUAUGCGUGAAUACUCUAGAAAAUCCUUCUUUCGGGAACAGAUGGAGUACUAUAAAACAUGUAUAAGUUAUAUGCAUGCAUGUUUUUCUCAACAAAAAAAAAGGGUAGAUGCGUGCAGUUUUUCUUGUGUUCGAUCCUUUAGCUGCUUAUUUGAUUCGAAAAAACUUCAUCAUCCUUCUCAUGACUAAUGAAAAUGUUGCUGAGUUGAAAGACUAGUCCACCAGCGUCAUAUAUAGGCUGCUCCUUUGAUUUUAUAUGUUCUUCUUCUGUGCCUAGACUGAUUCUCUGACAAAUCAGCUCUGUGCUUGCUAUCAAACUUUCUUUCUCAGGAUGAUUAACUAUCUUUAACUCUAUAAAUGAAUGUUUAGAUCAGAAAAAUAAAGAGAAAUUACACAAUUCCUAUCAACCUCACGUAUUAAUUUUUAUUUUUCUCACAUGUUAAAUUUAAGGUGUUUAACAAAAGCAUCUGAUAAAAAUCAAAUUGCUGAAGAAUAAUAAAAAAUCAAAUAUUUUACCAGAAAAACAUAUUACACAAUUUGAUCUAAAUAAAUUUACAAAGAUUAGUUAUUACUAAUCAAAUUUGUUAUAAAUAAUAAAAUAUGUUACAUUUUAUGAAAUAUCAACAAAUAGGUAACAAAAAUUUGAAUUAUGUCCUUAUUUGGAUGGCCCAAGGAUUUUAUUUUUAGCUUCUAAAAAGAAUUUGUGAUCUUAGUUGUUUUCUUCACCAAAUCUGAUCUUAAUUGUUGUUAAUUAUCCAUAAGACCAACUACUAUUAAAAAUCAAGUCUGUAAACAAAGAUGUGUUACUAAAUGUAUUCAAACAGAAAGUGCCCAUCUGUUUAGACAGAGGAUUCGAUCAUCCAACCUCCUCAAAUAUCUUGUUUCGCAAUCUCACCCACAUGCUAUUUUCCUUUAAAUUAUCUGCCUCUGUCGAUCUCUUCUUUUCCAACCCACUUUCUCUUCUCCUUCUCUUGUCUUCGUUGAAUUUUGGGAUCUUACACCGCAGCAAAUAACAACACCGCCAACUAUAUAUUUGUCUUAUUUGUCCUUUUGGUUUUGAUCUUUGUAACAAUCAAUAAGGAAAGUAAAAAGCUUGAAUCUGACUAAUAAUGGGAGACAAUGGAGGGAAAAGAACGCCGUCAAUGAAUCUUGCGGUUCAAGUGUCGAUGAGAGUGUUAGUCAUUGGCACCGCAUUGGCCUCCAUGGGGCUCAUGAUUACUAACCAUGAAGUUGCCUCUGUUUAUGGCAUUGCUUUUGAGGCUAAAUACAGCGACUCAUCAGCCUUUAGGUAUUUGGUGUACGCGGAUAUAGCUAUCUCCGCCUUGACAUUGUUCACGCUCGUAUGGGCUUGUUUAGCUGUCCGUAACCGAGGACUUGUUUUUGCACUCUUCUUUUUUGAUUUGCUUGCGACGUUGACAGCGAUGUCAGCUUUCUCUGCGGCCACAUCGGAGGGUUACAUUGGAAAGUACGGUAACACACACGCCGGUUGGCUUCCGAUCUGCGGUUAUGUACAUGGUUACUGCAAUCGUGGGACUCUCUCACUCGCUUUUUCCUUUGCCUCUUUUCUCCUCUUGUUCAUCCUUACUGUCCUAACUGCCUCCGCUGCUCGUCAUCACUGAAACUAUUUUCUUUACAUUUUAUAUUAUACAAUUUCUAAUAUUCUUAAGAUUCUUCAAUCUUUUUUAUAUACUUAGAUUUUCUAAGAUGAAUGAUUACAUAAAGAAAUUGUAUUGAGUUGAGUCCGUGUAUUAUUCCGUUAACUAUUUGUUUUUAUUUUAUUUUACUUUACUGAUACUCUACUCCUAAUAUAAGUUUUUUUAGAUAAA